AUGUCCCCGGAUGCCACUUCUCCCUAUCCAGACCGGCCGAUUCGGCCGCUGCCCAAGCGUCCUCUUCGUGAGCGGCUGUCACCAGAUGUGGCCGAAUCGAUAAGAUACCCACCGGCGCCAAAAACCACCACUCCACUGUUCUACCAUCCCUACAAUGGACGCGAAGAUGCUGGGACAAAUGGAUUGGUAGAAUCCCAACAUCCUAGUGAGAGGGAGAGAGCAGAGGAGAUGGAGCGAGGGUAUAUCACCAGGAAGUGUGGAGAUGAGUUGGACAGUGAUGAGGACGAAGCGGCGUAUCGAAGCCGAACAUAUUCGAGACAUUCCGAGACUGCCACUGGGCGAUCCUACCGAUACGUUCAAAAGCCCGACUCGAAGAACCCAAAUCCGCACCCUCCCGGAUCCACUGCGUCAUCAGCGGAUAGCUACGACUCUUUCGAGAACACAAACAACAAGAAAAAGCGCAAGAUCCCUACACCGGGCGACUCCAAUCUCAAUGGCAGCCAUCUGUCUAGUGAUUUAGCGGGAAUGGGAAUCUCAAAUCCUGAUGACACAGUGGAUGAUGGUGGUGGUAAUGUGGGAGCAUAUUAUAGCCCGGGAAGCGCGGCCUCGCAAGGACUCUCUGGACCGGGAAGGGGUAGAUAUGGACGUAUCCGAAAUGGUAGAAGUCCUCUGAGAACCUUGUCAGAUUCAGCAAACUGGAGCAACGGACGCACAACUAAGCAAAGACAGCCUCAAUGGCCAACGUCUACCGAAACCCCAGGAAUCAUCUCAAGAUCCAUCGCGGAUGCGAAUGCUGACAAAAACCCCAUUACUCCUGCAAGAGGCCAAGAGAAUAUCAGUUUAUUACAACAACAAGCCUCCAAAAAACCGACCCCAGCGCCAACCCAGUUUACCUUUACGUGUGAUUCGCAAGUGUCAGGGACGGUUGCUUGGCCUGGUCCAACCACUUCUGCUCCUCUCCACCAAGGCCCAGGUACUGCUAGAAUGAGUACUCAUGCUACCCAGACAAGCCCCAAUAUACCUGCAAGCCACGGUACACCCGCUGCCAUGACACAGGCAAAGCAAGGUCUUUCUGCAUCGCAACACCAGAACGCCGGCCAGAAGGAGAACCAAGCUCAACCUGCACCUACGAAGAAGAAUCGUCGCCGGACUGCUGAGAAGGAAUACGUAGCUGCGGCUCGGCAGCGUCGACAACAGCAGGAAUUCCGAAAUUAUCACCAUCCUCCUGCUCCAGAAGAUGUUUGGAUCUGCGAGUUCUGCGAGUAUGAACGCAUAUUUGGCACACCACCCACUGCUCUCAUCAGGCAGUAUGAGAUCAAGGACAGACGGAUUAGGAAACAGGAAGCGGAGCGGCGGAGAUUGUUGGAAAAGGCAAAGAUGAAGGGACGUAAGGGAAAGAAGGGAAGCAAAGUUGCUGCGAAGACGGCAUCCGCAGCACAAGAUCGGCAGGGCUCACACCAGCCUGCUCAGCACGCCCCUUCGAUGAACCAGAGCCACAGUCAGGGGACGCAGAGCGAGGAGUACUACGAGGAUGAAUAUGAUGAUGAGUACGCCCAGGACGACCCUCCACCGCCAUCGCCGGCAGCACCCGCAACUCGCCGACCCGAUGUCGUACAUCACGGCCCCAUGAAGCAUGCAGUCCCUACUGGCGUUGGCGGCAACGGAAUCCCGGUAUCUUGA